CGCUCAGCAGCAACAGCAACAACAAGAAUUAAAUUUAAAAACCGUCAAAGUACCUAUCGAAGUACAAAAACCACUCCUCUCUUCCUCUAUUCUAAACUCUGAAGAUUCCAAUGAUCCACAAACUGUUCUCACUGAACAAAUUGUUCAACAAUUGAUGGACUAUAGAGAGGAAGCUAUCGCCAAGGGAUACCUAACUCUGAAUAUUCCCUUGCCACCAAAUUUAAAUUCCUCAACUUCUAAUUUCACAACCGACUCACAAACUCUGAAACAAUUUAUGAGUGAGACGAAUCCUAAAGUUGAGAAAUGUAAACCACAACAUCAAGAUAAACUUCACAAUCAUGAAUUGAAGAGAGUUACUAAACAUAUACAGGGACAAGUUGAAAAAUCACUGAUUAGUCAGUCGGAAGUUUCAAAUCCAUUGAUGGAUAGAGAACAGUGGUUGGCUCGUGCAUUGAAGAGAAAUCCAACUGCUUUGGCUUUGAUGGAAAGAAUGCGUCCUCUCAGUAAACACCCUUCUAAUUGUACUGCUCUGACUCAAGUUCCAAGCGUUGGUGGUGGUCUGAGAGCUAGUUCAAGUUUUAGAAAGAAGGCCUCUUCAUCAUCUGGAAAUUUGACCGAUCAAAAUUCUCCAAGAAUUUCCACAAAUUUACAAAGAAAUGGAAGUGAUCAUAAUAUUGGCGGAAGUGUGAAUAUGACUUUAUUAAAUUCAAUGAAUGAGAGUGGAUCAAGAGAUUCUGUUAGUAAUUUAAUUUCAUCCACAACUUCAAUUUCUGGUGGAAGUACCACAAAUUUAUUGAAAUUGAUGGAUAUGGCAGGAAAUGCAACUGAUAGUGCUGGUGUUUUGAACGAAGAAGGAAAGAAGAGUAUUUUGGAUUAUUCUAGCAUUUUGGGUACUGUUGAAAAUAGAGAAGUUCUCUCACGUGAAGCUCUUCUCCAAUUGAUCUAUCAACAUUUUGCUCAACGUGGACUUUAUAAGACUAUUCAAACUAUGGAAGAAGAAACAGGUAUCAGAUAUAACGGCUUCAGAUCAGAAAAGAAUGCCAAUAAGGAUACACUCGUUACUACACUCCUCAGUCUUGGUAUUAAAGAUAUUGAAAAGCCAUACGCAAUGCCACAAUCAGAUUUGGUCGAUUUGGAAGCUGAUGUAGAGAUUCAAACUUCAAGUAUUUAUCAUCACUUUGAUGAAGAUUACGUUGAUGACAUGAAGAAACCAUUGUGGGCUGAAAUUAGUCAUGCAGAGGAAGAUGCAGAAUAUGUGGAUGGUCAUGACUUGAGAGGUGCUACAUUGAACAAACUUAUUGAAAAAUUGACAAGUACAAGUGCUGAUGGUAAAUUCAUUCAGUGCUUCCUUGUCACUUAUCGUUCUUUCACAGUUCCUGAAAUUUUACUUCAAAAGCUUUGUCAAAGAUAUAGAGUUCCAAAAUCUAUUCCAGAAAGCGAAAAGGUACAAAUUCAAUUGAGAACUGGUGUUAUUUUCAACAAGUGGAUUGAAGAAUACUUUUCCUUGGAUUGGAACGAAAACAUGAUUCGUGAUUUUAUUGUUUUCAUUGAAGAUUUCCUCUUGAAAUAUAGAAAGUUGGCCAAGAUGGGUGAAAAACUCAAACAAAAACUCGCUCAAAAAUUGGCCUCCAGAAACAGAGAAACUGCCUUGGUUUUCAGUGAACAAUCCCAAGCACCUGACGUACCAAGAAAUGUCUUUUCACCAAAGCUUUCCAUUUGGGACAUUAAGGAAGAAGAAUUGGCCAAACAAAUUACAUUCAUGGAUCACAACUUGUAUCGUAACAUUGAAGCUCACGAAUUGUUGAAUUGCUCUUGGUCUAAACCAAAACUCAGACAUCGUUCCAAGCACGUUUUACUCAGUAGUGAAUUUUUCAACAAACUUUCCAAUUGGUUCUCAUGUCAAAUUAUUACCGAAGAUUCAUUGAGAGAAAGAAAGGCCAAAUUGACCAAACUCAUGAAAAUUGCUGUAGCCAUGUUCAGACUCAAUAACUUUAAUUCAUUGAUGGCCCUCAACUCUGUCUACUCAAGUUCAGGUGUCUUCCGUUUGAAGUAUGCCAUAGGUGAAAUCGACGAAGGAACCAAGAAGGACUUUACUGAUGCCAUUGCUGUCAUGUCCAACGAUUCAAGCUCCAAGAGAUACCGUACCUACAUUAAGCAAGAAGCUAAACCACCUUUGAAUAUUUAUUUGGGUAUUUAUUUGACCGAUUUGACCAUGAUUGAAGAUGGUAAUCCAGAUGUGAUCAAACAUCCAAAGACUCAAAGAAGUUUAAUUAACUGGAAGAAGAGACAAUUGGUUGCCAAUACUAUUUCUGAAGUUAUGCAGUACAAGAAUCCACCUUACAAUAUUCAACAAGUGCACCAAAUUCAAGAAUUACUCAAGAAUACUUUCGAAAAUCAUGAAAUGGUUGAAGAAAAGAAACUCUUUGAAAAAUCACUCAUUACCGAACCAAGAAGUGUUCAAAGAAAAGAAGAUUUGAAACAAUAAGGCUCUGUAACUUAUUUUCCAAUGAAUUGUACCAUAUAAUAAACCUUUAGUUUCGUAUUAA